AUGGAUGACACAAGCGCUCUACAUGAUUUGAUCAUCGGUCCUGGCGAGGUCUUGCGCCGUCUCUAUUGGGGUUCCAAUGAUAAUUCGGUACUUCAAUGCAUCUAUCAUAUUGGAAUCCUUGACACAAUCCCGCUCGGUGGCAGCGCAUCCUACGAAGAUAUCUCUGCCAAAGUAGGUCUGGCGGAGGCGCAGGUCAAAGCUAUAGUCCGCCAGGCAGCCGUCAAUCGUGUACUGCGCGAGGUUGACGGCAGCAAAGGGACCCUGGUAGAGCAUACAGCCUCUUCCGCACUGCUUCUCCGCAAUCAUGUCAUGAGAGACUGGUAUUGGCACUGCGUCGAAGAGAUGUUCCCCGCCGGUGCCAAACUCGCUGAGGCACUCGAGAAAUAUCAGGGCAGCAAGGCACCCGAGGACAGCGCCUUCAACCUGGCCUUCAAUACGAGAGACCUGAUCUACAAGUUUCUUGAGCAGCAUCCUGAGCGUCAGGCCCGGUUCUUUGGUGCGAUGGAGGGAGUGGGCAAGGACCCAGGUCAUGAUCUCAGGCACAUUGUGACUGGCUACCCCUGGGAGAAGCUAAGCAAUGGCGCCACUGUUGUUGAUGUUGGUGGCUCCUCAGGCUUCCUUAGCAUCGCCUUAGCUGGAAGUCACCCGAAUCUCACCAAGUUAGUGGUUCAAGACUAUAAAUACACAGUUGAGGAGGGUGCCGCUCGACUCCCAUCCGAGCUUUCUGCACGGGUGCAGUUCGUGCCGCAUGACUUCUUCCAACCGCAACCAACUACCGGGGCGGAUGUUUAUGUCCUGCGUCACAUCUGUCAUAACUGGUCGGUUGAGAACUGCGCGCCGAUCCUGCGCCAGAUUGUGCGGGAUUUUCCACUGACCCUCGUCUGCCUCUUCUGCGAGGGUCUCGCUUUCAUGGGCGCUAAUGCUUACCUUGCUAGCGAUAUCUCCACCCUAUUUGCAGCGGACCCAGUGAUGACUGGGAUCAAUUACGGUGUUGCGUGGCUCUCUGCCGCCGCCUCCUCAGUCGUGGCUGGCGCAAUAUGCACCGCGACGAAGAAAGUCCGGAGCAUUACGCUCACUGGAUUCAUUAUGUUCACAAUCUUCUUCGCGCUCAUGGCUUCCGCCGGUGCUCAGUCUAGAGAAGAGGUCUGGGCUCAUCCGGUAUUCCUCGGAUUGGGGCUUGGUCUUGUCACUAGUACACACGACGAACUGGCCACGCAGCAAACAUGGGUUCCUCUUGAGAUUGUGGGCACAGCAAUCGCCUGCGAUAUAGGGCUCUUUACCAUUUUGUCAGAAGCGAAUGAGCCCUUGAAUACUGGACAAGUCUUCAAGAAAGGAGCAAAGGGUGACCCGCUUCUUGUUGAGCGGACACUCCGAUUCCUGGCUGCUCACGGUUUUGUUGACCAGCAGGACACUGGCGCAUACAUCGCAAAUGCCAGAACUAGGGACUAUGCCACAGAGGAGAGGGUCGCAAACGUUUGGACAAUAGACAUUGGCCUCGGGGACUCGACGGAUCCCGACAACUGCGCCUGGCAGUACGGCUGGCAUACCAAGGAGACAUUCUGGCAAUGGCUGGAGUCUCACCCGGAAAUGUCCCGCCAUUUCAAUGUUUACAUGACCAUGACCGCGGCACGUAGUCGCUUUGAUGAUGACAACCUGUGCGAGUUUUACCCAUUCGAGAAGCUUUUCAAAGAUUCUCGCCCUGAAGAAAUACUCUUCGUUGACGUGUAA